CGUUGUUAACGUCUUUGUUUAAUCUGCAAAUUUCAUCUGAAACUCUGUCUCUUGUUAUUCAAACAAUUACAUUUGAAGAUAACUUUAAGCUCAACUAUGUCCUGGUAUAGAGAUCCUCAGUUGUUUAUAUACUAUAAAUUCCCACAUUUUAGGGUUUGCUGGGUUAACAAAGAAUUAAAUAAGGGUGCAGAAAUCAGCGAUGAUCAUAUCAGUGAUCGCGAGUUCUACCAUUUUCCGAAACAUCUCUGUUUGGGAAGCAAUAAAGAAAGUGAUUACGCAGAGUUUUUCUCGGAUUUGAAGAUUCAACAUGAAAACAUUAAAGAUAGGAUGAUAAACUGUCAAGGUUGGGAAGCAAACCGACCUUAUAAUUUCAAAUACUAUUACUUGACUCGUGCAGAUCUAGACAAGCCUUUCUACAGGUUGCCUGCAUAUUUACCUGCGUGGUUCAAAAUUCAAGAACAACAGAAGGCUGAAAUACAAACUCUUAAGAAACAAGUUUUAGAACAAGAAGCUAUGAAUUUCACUCUCAAGAACAGGGAAGACAAGUGGACCGCAGACAUCGAUAUGGCAACAAAAGAGAUAUCAGAUCUACAAGAGCAACUCGAACGGGAGAAAAAUGAUAAACAAGCUCUCGAGAAGAAAAUUUUGGAAUUAUCAGCGAAGCUUGAAAAAAGUUGCGGUUGUGUUGGUGUUGGAUCGUCCGAUGAUGAAGUACCAUGGAUGAUUACUGGUCAGCCAGCUGUUCCUAGUAACUGGGUUUCUUACUAUGAUCUUGAUGUUCAAACAUUUCCAGAGGAUAAUCAUUUGAACUUCAAUGAGGUUAUGUGGGUGCCCGAAUUUGCUGAAGAUAAUACAACUAACGUUCGAGCAAACUGUUUCUACCGAGGAUUAACGUUUCCUAUUGUCGCUGUGAAUGUCGCGGAGUUGACUCUGGCAGAGGAAAAUGCAAGAUUUGAUCCAGAUGUUUGGGGUUUGUAUGAAUUUGGAGGAACUUAUUAUGCUGCAAGAAAGCAAUUUGAGUGGGAAUUGUUGGUCGAUGCACAUCAUACGUAAUAAUGAUAGUAUCAUCUUCAAAUUAGUUCUAUUAAAUUUCUUUGGAGUUGUUUAUGUUGCGCUGGGUGUAUCUUCGUAUUUGUGUUUGAUUUUGUAUAGAAGGAGCAUAUUAUGUAAACAGUUUCUUGAAUGUGUUUAAACGUUCUUUCAAAAGUUGGGAGGAGUUUUGAAACACCGGCCGGCCGGAUUUUAGGUUGGUUCAGUGUAACGAGAGUGUAAGUAAAAACUCUUUUUCGUUGGUAUAUAAUUAGCAAAGGGCACGUACAGUAAACGCUUAACUCUUGGUCUUCUUCCCUGUUCCCUAAAAAUGGCGACAAACACAUUGACAAUCUCAAAAUUUCUUCAAAAUCAUUCCUUGUACUCUCUUCUAGACACUUUUCAUCUUAUUGAUUCACAAUCGAAUCCGUUCAAAUCCAUAAAAUCUCAAGUUUCUCACUUCAAUUUGAGCUUAAAUCGAUUCAGAAAUGCGUUUACUAUUCCUGUUGUGAAAGCACAAACCACCCCAGGUUCUGCUGAAAAUGUGAAUUUACGAUUUUACAAUUUCUGACUUGCGAGGCUUUGGUGCUCAGGAUGGGUCAAUUGAGAGACAUGCUGGUUCUGAAUUUUCUGAAGACAAUUCCGUAGCAAAAGUCAAAUGGAGACUGUAGUCUGCAAAGAACAGGUACAUUGCUCUAUUUAUUGUUUCACUAUCUGCCACAUGGUCGAAAUCGGCAGUUUCAAAUUUCUCAAGAGAUUUUCCGGUAACAUACUCCGGUUGACGAAGAACUAUUGCAUCUCUUUGAAUUUUGAAGGAUCUAGCCUGGGUGCAAUUUGAGGUGCAUAGCACUCUUGCAUUUGAACUAUGUUGUUCUCAAAUAUGCAUGCAAACCCCAUGGCAUGGCUUACAAUGAAGCUUCAUCAUCCUGUUUAGUUCCAACUACUACAAGUUAUUAUAAAUGAGUAAAGUUCAUUCAAAUCUUUGAUUGGUUAAUCAAGCUGUAUCAGUAUGUUGCAACCGAGGAAGUGAGAAUUGGUGUUUGGAGAGGUACUCGGAUUUUUUGUCCAUGCUUUCAUUUUUUUGUCCAUGCUUUCAUUUUUUUGUCCAUGUUUUUUUGUCCAUGCUUUCAUUUAAAGAUAAACCACACCGAAAAAAACGCUUUCCCACGUUUCCUCUUCCCUCUUCGAGUUUUUUUUCCUCUGAAAACCCUAAAACAAGCCAUGAAUUCUCAUUUUGACACCGGCUAACCUCAGAUUACCAGCCCUAGAAACUCACCUAGGGUUGUCAAUGUUUAGUUCUAUGUGAUACAGUAUUAUUUUAUGGGAUUGUCCUCUUUCUUUCGUUGGAUUCUGUAUUGUGUGAUGUUGUUCAUAAUUUUCAAUUUCUACUGGCUGUUUUGAUUCUUCGAUGCUGCUUAAGAUUCUUCAAUUGCUGAAUGCUGAUGCUCAAGAUUGAAAUCUGUUAUCUCCUCCCUCAUUCGUCCAAGAUGCAAUCUAUUAUCGGUAGUUUUUCAGAUAUAGUUCCGUUUCUGCUCCCAUCUCAUUGAAUCGUUAUCUACAAAAUCUGGUGCUUCCUUGAUUAAUUGAAGUUGAAUAGGUUCGUCUGCUGAUGCCGUUAUGCAUGUUAUCAACAUACUUCACAAUGAUUCUUCUAAUUCUAAGGGAGGUAUCCAUGCUUUUUAAUGCUGCUAGCUUGCGUUCGUUUAGGUGUAGAUCUGAUUUUUGAAGAUUGACAUAUCUAUGCUAUGCUGUUAGCUUGCUCUUGUCUGGUUCUAGAUUUGGUUUGAAGAUUGAGAUACCUAUACUUUGUCCUUAAUGAAUAAUGAUACAUUUCUCUGAAUUGGGUUCAGAUUAGGAUUUUGAGUUUUUAGAACAUUUAUCAACCAAACUCAAGGCGAAUCUCCAUCAUCUCUCAAUCCCUUGUCCUAUAUUUUGUUGCUUAUACCACUAUCAUUCCUAUUAGGCCAGAAAUUUAUCUAUUGGUACUUUAUCCGUACCUGUUGCACCUACUUUAUCUUGCCUUAGCCGUUCCCAUUAACUGUUCAUUAAGCUACCCCAUCUCCAUCUUCUGUAGUUGGUUAGUUGUAGGUUCUAGGAUCUCUGCCUAUGUGAACCUGUUUGUUAUAAUCGAUGGGUACUCUGGUUUCUGUGCCUGAUGAUUCCUAAAAAGUUUAGUAAAGGUUUCCUGAUGAUUCCUAAAAAAUUUAGUGAAGGUUUCUUUGUAAGUUCUUUUGAACUUGUCGUCUAGUUCUUAAGUCCUUGUUUGAUCUUUUAUCCAGUAUUGGUAUUGGUUCGAGUAUUCCAAAGUUUUUUUGAGUCUGUGUUAUCUGAAGCCAUGUUAUGAUGAAGACAUGGGUUCCGAUUUAGAUCAUCUCUUGUACAAAGAAGGUGUUGAUCUCGUGGCUAUUUUAUAUCCUGAAAAUUGAUUGGAAUUAUCCUAGAAAAUUUGUGCUCGGCAAUGGAAAAUGGUGCUUCUCGUCCACCUCUUUUCAGACGUAUUGGACCUCUUCCUUCGGAUUUCUACAUCGACUGUUUUGUUCUCUAGCCUCUCCAUAUUGGUAUUCAUGCAGCAUAUGGGACUGGUAAUAUCAACAUAUUCAAGCAAUCGUCAUCUAUGUUUUGAAGGUGCCGAAUGAGUGUGUUUCUAUGUAUCAUAUGAUCUCAGCAGCAGCAGCAGCGCACCAGCUUACAUCAGCAUUACAACAUUCAGAUUUUUUGACUUCUUUCCUAAGGCUUGUCGAAUUCAGCUGAUAUGAUUGCUAGCCUCUUCAUAUUAGUUUUCAUGCAGCAUAUGGGGGCUGGUAUUGUCAACAAAUUCAAGCUUUCGACAUCUUAGCUCUACAGCAUCAUUAGCAUCUCUCGUUCCAGGUUCAAGGCAGACAAACUAUGAUACAGAAAGUAACAAUUGGGCAUGUUUAUGCUGUAUUAUUAUCCGCCAGCAUCACAGUACCUUCAACAGCUUUAGCUCAGUUUCAUCGCCGACAGCAUCUCUAUGCAGCAGCAGCAUCAGUUCAGCAACAUCCCAACCAGGACAAUCCCUUGGAAAUUCCCAAAUGUGUCGCAUGACUAAACAAUACAACCGAAGUGCAGUUCUCCAUGGGCCCAUAGUCCAGUCCUUUUAGUUUUGUUUUGGUUUCUCUCGCAAUUAGAAAAUUCCCUUGCAACUUUUGUAUUGGGAAAAUAUGGUUUGAUCCUUUUUUAGGUGGGCUCGUGUCAGUUUAGUCCUUUAGGAAAACGCUUUUAUUGUUUGGUCCAUAAUUAUUUAAAAACAUUAAA